AUGGGCGGUGCACGAAACGAUGCUACUGGGCAGAACGACAUUGGAGCCGAGAUUGCUGCCGUUGGUUUCAAAGGUUUCGCGCCGAAGAAAAUCGAUGAAGUGCUGAAGACUGAGGAAUACAAUGAGCACUUUUGCAAGCUUGUGGAAUGGAUGUGCAAUGAAAUCUCAGCACUGUACGGCCUCGACGAAACAGUCCAUGCACCAACGGCACCUGAUAACGUCGAAUUUUUCUUGCUUGAGCUCAGUUCGGUGCUCUCUGAAUUGGAGUGCCCGGUGCAUGCACUUACACUUGGACCGGUGAUGGAAAGAUUUCGGUCUGCAGAGAAUCGUACCAAAUUGCUGCACUUUCUUCUUGAUCACCUGAAAUGUGCCCGUCUGACUGCUUUGGAACGCCUGUACAACGACGCUGCAGGAACGCAGCAUAAGAGUGAAGAAGUGUGUCAUUUGGAAGACACACUUCGUGCACUGGACAUCGGCCAACUUCCAGCGAAUGUUACUGCUGGAAAAGUUUUCGCAGAUCUGAGCAGUAUGGCUGAGAAACGAAUGACCAAAUGCAAGCAGAAACCGCAACCGUUGCUAACAGCAUCUCUUACCGAUACACAGUGGGCCAAGAUAGCGGCAUUAAAUGAGAAAUUGAUCCAGGAAUAUGGCACCAGGAUUCAGCUGUUGCUCAAGCGACUCGAUGUCACAAUUCAGUCGUUCACUUGGUCCGAUCGCAUUGUAAAAAUGCAGGUCAGAGAAUGCGCUUUUUCA